AGUGGGAGAAGAUAGAGCUAAGAUUAAGCACAAAUAGGAUUACUUUCCUUAUAUCCUCGUCGUUAGAUGAGGUUCAUCUCGUACUGGUUUUUUACAACGAACUACCUUCAUCUUUUUCUUCAUCAUUUGUUCUUCAUGGCAUCCUCUAUUGGAACAAGAAAAAUGCCCUCGCUCUCCGACCAGCCUGCUUUCGUGCACUUUCGGCAUGAUGGCAGUCACAAUACCAUUUUGCAAAAAGCGCCAAGCAAAAGCACGACCACGACAGCCUCCUCAUCGUCUUCUGCUCCCCAACAACCGUCUCUGAGCCAAUUAGAGAUGGUUCGCGUUCGUCAGGAGUGUGCCAAAGAUGGCAACACCGAUUGGGCAGAGGUCGAGAGUUGCCAGGACUCGAAGAAACGCGGGUGGGUAUUGCGAGACUACUUAGCCUUGCCUCAGUUGCGAAGGGCAGCAAUGGAUGUGCCAGGAACACAAAUCAAAGACGGGGAUGACGUCAUGUUUCUGAAAGAAGUGAGUGUCAAAAACGCUGUCCCGUCAGGGGAAGGAGAUGACGAGGACGAGGACGGAGCAGAUCAACAAGUUAUGAUUGGAAAACCCCAGUAUUGGAAUUAGAUUGAUAAUGGAUUAUCUAGAGAACAAAGAACCAACAGACAUCUACUGUCCGUUAACAUGUGAAAAAAUUUCUAUCAACAACUUGCUAGAACUAGAGCUACGAGUUCUUGUGAUCCCUCUAAUCUCCCCAUCAUUGCCGACGGAAACGGUGGUGUCAUAGCGGUUCCACUAGCCUCCUUAGCUGAAGAAAGCGACGACGACGACGAGGAUAGCGAGGAAGAGGAAGAUGACGAGGAAGAUGACGAAGGGGGGGAAUCGAGUGAAGAAGGGGACGAGUUCGACGAGAAUAACCCACGCAGAAGUCAUAGACUAGGGGCAAAGGUGAAGAAACUCCUCGCUUCGGAGGAUCCCCAGCUUGCCGCAUUGGCGAGUCUGAUAGAUAACGAGGAUGAGGACGACGAUGCUGACGAAGUGACUCUUCCCAGUGGAACUACUAGAACGGGAUCGACGGGUAUGAAACGAAAAAGUGCACUCACACUCAAGGAAUCGGCUAUGAUCUAAUAUGUAGGAAAAUAGCCACUUUUUUUGAGUGUGAGUGCACUUUUUUCUUUCAUAGCGGGCGCUCUGGGAGGACUAUCUUCCAGUUCAUCUCGAACAGCACCAGGAGCAGGAGCGUCCUCAUCUUCAUCAGCUUCAGGCUCUUCUAUGAUGAGGAACAUGAAACAAGGUGGAAAAUAUGGAGGAGCAUCUGCUUCUUCGACAUCGUCCUCUACUUCUGCACACAUGUUGAAAGGAAAAGGAGCUGCAAAUACAUUGGGGAAAACUGGUGGGCCAACAUCUAGCUCUUUGUCAUCGAUGAAUGGUAAGGGGUCCAAGAAUUUUCCCGGUAAAGAAGGAAAAAAGGGUACCAGCAUAAAGGGCAAGGAACAAGGUGGACUACCUGCACAGAAGGGUACAACUAGCGCAUCAACCAGCACAACCGACAACUUCAAGCGUCUUGCUAAGACCACGAUGCAAAAGACGGAUAUUUUCGAAACCAUGCCAGAAAAGAAGAAGCGGAAGGUAGAUGAAGAGCCUGAGGAGGAUGCGGGAGGACUCUUCAGUGACUGAAGAGUUGUGACACGUCUACGUCGAAAGUUUUUGCUCAUAAAGGGUGGGAGGAAGUCCUGUUGUAAGACUUGGUUCUGGCUUCCAUGCAAAGUAGAAGUUUCUAGAUUAUUAUCCCAGAAUAGACUAGCGGGUAGAACUCGUCUGGGAAAUCUUAGGCAGCCCGCCGAAUAGAUUCAAAUCAUCAGCUGGCAUCAGCAACGUGUAACUAUAAACAGACGCACUACAACAUCAACAAAUAUAUGUGCCCAACCCGACUGUCAUGAAUUACAUCAUUACUCCGUAGUACCCAGCAUGCUCCAAAUUUUCUUUCAACAAUCUUCUUGUAUCAGAGACUGUACCAGUACCAGCUUGCUUUUAUGGCUGUAAA